AAAGCGGGAAAAAGAAUAAAAACUUUUAUCGGAAGGAAGGCAACAUAGCUAAACCUAAAACCCUACACUCUCAACUCUAAACAGGAAAACAUGGCUUCCUUCCCUCCUCCUCGUUCACUCACUCUCUGCGAAGUCAACCGCGAGCUUAUCACCGUCGACGCCCUCACCGACGAUCGAGCCAACCAAGUCUACGGAAAAAUUAUUGGAUUUGUGUUCAGUCCCGUGCCGUUUCAGCCUCUCGAGAACGAUGCUUCCGAAUCGGAAGCAACGACAACGACCGCCGGAGAAACCGUUCAGAGGAAAGGCCCCGUGGCACUCGUGCAAGGGCUUAUAAAUCAGUGUCUCAGACCACUCUUUUACCCUAACGAUGUGCAUUUGUUGCCUGAGGUUGAUCUUCAAGGUGUAAGCUGGCAUCCUAAUAAGCAUAUAUUUGCUUUUAUAUCUGGCCCCACCCAAGUUUUAGUUCGUGAUUACCAAGACUCUGCUGAGGGGAAAGAUCCGAUUAUUUUGACCAACGAGUCGCAGAGAGAUGUUAGAGUGCUUGAAUGGAGGCCCAAUGGUGGGAGGAUGCUUGCUGUCGGUUGCAAGAGUGGGAUUUGCAUAUGGGCUGCUUCUUAUCCUGGAAAUGCAGCAUCUGUUAGAUCUGGUGUUGCAUUCUUUUUGGGAAGUUUAUCUAGAGGCUCAGGGAAUCGGUAUAUCCUGGUUGAUUUUCUUCGUAGUCAAUAUGAUGAGCAUGUUAGUGCUCUCACUUGGAGUCCAGAUGGAAGAUACUUAGCUUCUGCUUCAUAUGAAAGUUCCUCAUUCACUGUGUGGGAUGUUGCUCAAGGUGUUGGAACACCCAUUCGACGGGGAUUAGGAGGCAUAUCAAUGCUGAAGUGGUCACCCACUGGAGAUUACUUUUUUUCUUCAAAAUUUGAUGGAACAUUUUAUCUUUGGGAGACAAACACGUGGACAUCAGAACAAUGGUCAUCAACUAGUGGUUUCGUCAAGGGUGCAACAUGGGAUCCAGAUGGGCGUAUGAUACUCCUUGCCUUUUCUGAAUCAUCAACUUUGGGAUCUGUUCACUUUGCAUCAAAGCCUCCCUCAUUAGAUGCACAUUUGUUACCUGUUGAUUUGCCAGAGAUAUUAUCAUUGACAGGCAGUCAGGGAAUUGAAAAGAUAGCAUGGGAUAAUUCAGGAGAGCGAUUGGCUGUGUCUUUUAAAGGUGGAGAUGAUAUAUACAAGGGUCUGAUCGCCAUAUAUGAUACAAGAAGGACUCCUCUCAUAUCUACAUCAUUAAUUGGAUUUAUAAGAGGGCCGGGAGAUGAUCCCAAGCCAAUCUCAUUUUCAUUUCACGGGAAGUUUAAGCAGGGACCAUUGCUUUCUGUGUGCUGGAGCAGUGGGUUUUGUUGCACAUACCCCCUCUUAUUUCGCUGCCACAUGCUUCCAUGAUGAGAAUUUCUUCGAAAUUUCGUCAUGCCGAUUUUGAUGUUAACGUUAUUUGUUCAGUGUUUUGGGACAACUUUAUGCCCCCACCCCGGCGGCGUGCGCCGAAGUUCUGUUAUGUGCAUUUGAAAAUUGGCGUUAGAGAAAUGGCCGGUGAUGUAUUUAUUUUGGGACUCUUGAUGGUUCAGAUGUAUCAAUCAUAUUAAGUAAACGGCGUAUGCAGCUCAGAAAAAUGUAAAUUCAGCAACGUUGUGAUAGGCAUAAAAGAUACAAUACAUUGUCUCUUGCGCUGAAUUUUAUUUAUAGACAAUGCUUAAGUUUAACAACCCACAAAGCUACUAUUUAUUACAAUCACUCAGUUU